AUGCAACAAAGGGAAUUUUGCAACGCAGCAUAUGCCUAUUAUGACAUUAUUCUACACCCCAUAAAGAAUAGCUUCAUACCCCCCUAUACCAAAGAGAGGACGAUAACACAGAUGGAAUAUAGAAAAAGGUUCAUCUUCGAAAAUAUGAUCCUGUUAUGUUUCGAAAUUUCUUCUUUAUUGAAGCUAAACAAUUUAUAUAUGAUAUAUGAGCAUCGAAGGAUAAAAACGAUAAAGCGGUAA